AUGUCCCUCGCCGGUAAAGUCGCCAUUAUCACCGGUGGCUCCAAAGGCAUCGGCAAGGCCGCUGCCCUGCGCCUGGCGCAAGAAGGUGCCUGCGUCGCGGUGGGCUAUCUGUCCGACGCUUCAGGGGCUCAGGAGGUGGUCGAGAAAGUCGGCAGUGACCGUGCCAUCGCCAUUCAACUCAACGCAGGCAAAGUCGCCGAGAUCUCGCGAUUCGUGGACCAGACAGUCGAGAAAUUUGGCAAGAUCGAUCUCGUGAUUGCUGCGGCGGGGAAAAUGGCCCUGACCCCCCUGGAGGCUUUGACAGAGGAUGUGUAUGAUACAAUUUUCGAGUUGAAUGUUAAGGGAUCGCUAUUUUUGGUCCAGGUAAUCCAUCCUGCUCCGUGA